UCAGCACUUCAGCGCGCUCAUACUGAGCGACAGAGAGGAAACCGAGCUCUCCAAGCCGGUAGUCUGAGGCAGCACCGCCGGUCACAUCUGAAACAUGACAACUGAUUUCAAAACAUGGAUUUAGACGCGGAUUGUUGUCAUUUUGGAUGACGCUCGUUCAACUUUAUAUUAAAUCUCGGUUUGCUGCAGACAGCCCCGCCUUGUGACACAUUGCGAGUCCACACCGGCUCUCUCCAUCAUCACACUGUUGUUCAUUUAUUGCCGGAUUUCAGUGCGUCCGCUCGCUGUGUUAUAUGAUGGUGCGUCCGUGUCUUGCGCUCCGGGCUCUGGGCUGAACGCAUGCACGAGCGCGGAACAUGGAUAGAUAGCGCGUUUCUCUCUCUGUGUUUCUCAGUGUAAUCAGCGCCUUUCUCAAUGGAUGAGGAAAUAGACACCCGCAAGAUCAACAACAGCUUUCUCCGAGACCACAACUAUGCAACUGAAGCUGACAUCAUAUCCACGGUUGAGUUCAACCCGACAGGAGAACUCCUGGCCACUGGGGACAAAGGUGGACGAGUAGUGGUCUUCCAGAGGGAACAGGAGAGUAAGAACCAGCCUCACCGUCGGGGGGAGUACAAUGUUUACAGCACCUUUCAGAGCCACGAGCCCGAGUUUGACUACUUGAAAAGCCUGGAGAUUGAGGAGAAGAUCAACAAAAUCCGCUGGCUGCCACAACAGAAUGCUGCAUAUUUCCUCCUGUCCACCAAUGAUAAAACUGUGAAGCUAUGGAAAAUCAGCGAGCGAGACAAACGACCAGAGGGCUACAAUCUGAAGGAUGAAGAAGGCAGGAUACGGGACCCAACCACCAUCACAACUCUGAGGGUUCCCGUCUUGAGGCCCAUGGACUUGAUGGUAGAGGCAACACCACGUCGCAUUUUCUCUAAUGCUCACACCUAUCACAUUAACUCCAUCUCGGUCAACAGUGACUAUGAGACAUACAUGUCCACGGAUGACCUGAGGAUCAACCUAUGGAACUUGGAGAUCACAAACCGAAGCUUUAAUAUUGUAGACAUAAAGCCAGCCAACAUGGAAGAAUUGACCGAGGUGAUCACAGCGGCUGAGUUUCACCCUAACCAGUGCAACACGUUCGUCUACAGUAGCAGCAAGGGCUCCAUAAGAUUGUGUGACAUGAGAACAUCUGCACUUUGUGACAACCACUCUAAAUUAUUUGAGGAACCAGAAGACCCCAGUAGUCGCUCCUUCUUCUCAGAGAUCAUCUCUUCCAUCUCAGAUGUGAAAUUCAGUCACAGUGGGCGCUACUUGAUGACUCGUGACUACCUCACAGUGAAGGUGUGGGACAUCAACAUGGAGAGCAAGCCUUUGGAAACUUACCAGGUCCAUGACUACCUUAGGAGUAAGCUGUGUUCACUGUACGAGAAUGACUGCAUCUUUGACAAGUUUGAAUGUGUCUGGAAUGGAACUGACAGUGUCCUAAUGACAGGCUCCUACAACAAUUUCUUCCGUAUGUUCGAUCGGAACACUAAGCGCGACGUGACUCUGGAGGCCUCGCGGGAAAACAGCAAACCCAGAGCCAUUCUCAAGCCACGCAAAGUUUGCAUUGGUGGCAAGCGUCGUAAAGAUGAAAUCAGUGUAGACAGUCUGGACUUCAGUAAGAAGAUCUUACACACUGCAUGGCACCCCAACGAGAACAUCAUUGCUGUGGCCGCCACCAACAACCUCUAUAUAUUUCAGGACAAGGUCAACUAGCAUGUAGCUCUGAUGUCUCCAUUCAUCACAAUUACAAGGGGCAUUAUUUCUCUAGAUGAACUGGGAGUAAAAAAGGUUGGACUCACUAGCAGUGAACUUGAGGAACAUCUAGAUGAGCUUGGCCUUCUACAGCAGAUUUUUUACUGUACUGAAUCUAAAAAAAAAAAAAAAAACAUUGAAGGUGCACUACAAACCAAGGACAACUACACUGGCUAUUGGACUGCUUUUUUUUAAUGACUUAAACUUUCCCUAGCUAUAGAUUUAUUGGUAAUGCACAGCAAUACAAAGUGGAACCUUUAAUCUUUAAUAUCACUAAAGACCCUUUCACACGAUUCACAUCAGGGCAAUUCUCCAGCACCAUUUGACCUCCAUGAGAACCAUCAUUGCUAGGUAACAAGAAAAUGGGAAAUGUACCGAGUGAAAAUGAAGAGAACAAAAAUAUACUUAGAGCAGAAAGAGUCCUGCUGAUUGCUUUGAAAGACAUAAAAUGUGUUUCUUUGAAUGUCACAAUAUGCCUUUGAAGUUGAAUAGAGGCACAGCCUCUUCCAUCUUGCUUUGAUUUUUGUGCUGGCAUUUCUCACAUAAUGUCAUACAAACGUGUUAAUCAUUGGAUGUGUAGUGAAAGAUCAACUGAAAAGUAAAUUCAAAUUUGACAUUCAUUGCUACAGUAUUUGCAUACAACAUUUUUGAUACUUCAUGCUAUCGUUUUGCAAUGCAUUGAAAAGUCAUGUGAAAGGGCCUUAAACUGGUUAGAAGAAUGUUUCAACUGAGUCGGUAUUCAGCCUACAUCUGAUUUCUUGGCUGCUGGGCCGUGAGGUAUCCAACUUUUCGGCUUCCAAAAUUGUAUUUUUCAUUUUACUUUAUGAAGGUGCAUGCAUCAAAAUCCAGCUUAUGGGUUGAUUGAUGCAACAAACAGUAAUGGUGUUAAACAGAAGUAAUGUAGCAAAUGUACUAAUGUUCUGCUUUUUUGUUCUAAUUUUACAAAGAAAACAGUGGGGAAAAUUUAAUAAAAAUCAAGAGGUACACAU